GUUCAGAACCACCAUCGCAACUCGAGCCAGAUGUCCAGCCCCCAUCACCAGCAACUGAGCCAGCAGCAGCAGCGGCACAGCCCUCACCAGCCGCCCCACCCUCACAGCCAGCCGCACCCAUCUCCUGAGUUGCGGUACGGCAGCAGCCGGGAGGCGUUGCUCUACCAAUCAGCGGCCGCCGCAGCUGCCGCGAAAGUGGGCGGCGCCUAUUCGUACCCCGCCUCCGCGUACACAACGUCCAUAGCGUCGACACCGCCUCCUCCUUCGAACGCCGCCUCCGUCAAGCCGAAGGUUAGCAGUCCGGCGCCGCAUCAGAUAUUCGGCAAACCGCCGGUAGGGGGCGGGUCGGCGGGCGUGUCGGUGGUACCGGUGUCGUCGCGACCGCCUCCGCCGUCCCCGCCGCAAGGGGCGGUCGGUACUACACCCAUUCAACUUACGGCUAGGCCUCCGUCUACGUUGACGGCUGCCGUGUCACCAUCACCUUACCAACAGGUAUCCCAGUAUCAUCCGCCUCAUACGCAAUCGCCCGCCCUGAUGACGUGCCCGCCCCCGCCUCCAGCGCACUCUAGUCGAGCCACAACCAUCCCCUCCGCCGUAUCGGCGACGGUUUUGGACCACCGCUAUCCCCACCACUCGCAUCACCACCACCAUUCGCAUCAUCCGCCGCCCCCGUCGCCUCACCAGCACCAACAGCCGGGGGCGGUGUCGAUGGGCGGAUAUGCCAAGAUGGCCGCGUCGCCGCCCACGGGCGCCUCCGCGCCUAUGCCUGCUAUACCUAGGGGACAUCCGGCGCAUCAUAUGCCGCAGCAGCACCACCAGUACGCCGCCCCCGCGCAGCCGCAGAUGCCGCCGACGUUGCCGCCCCACCAUCAGCCGCUUGACGUGCAGACGCAACCGUUGGACCUCGGCGUCAGUUCGAACAAAUCAGACAGCGGCAGUAAUCAAUCGAUGUCGCCGAAACGCAAGUCUACGACGCCGGUGAGCAGCGCGAUGAGCCCCGUCUGUCUGGAGGUGAAGAAACGGCGGAUAGACCCUCCUGCGACGCCGCCCAUGACUACACAGCCGCAGUUGCAGCAGCAACAACAGCCAAUGGGCGGCAUCUACACGGGGCCGCCAUCGACUGGGCAGCCCCCGCAGCAGUUGGCGCGCGUCUGCGAACCCACUCCGCUCAUCGCCAGCGCGGCCACCACCAUUACCACGGUGAGUUUGUGUAACAAGAUGUCGGGAGUGUGUGUUAUGUCGAUAUCCGGCCAGAAGGACCAUGUACGGUGA